AUGAAGUUUUUCGCUUUCUCCAUGCUUACCAGCCUGGCCGCGGCCUCGCCAAUCGUACUCGCCGCCCCUGCGGCGGACACGCUGGAAGUCCGCCAGCUCGACCCGAUCAUCAGGUCAGAACUCGAGCAGGGCAGCAGCUCGAGCUGUCCAAAGGCCAUCUUAAUUUUCGCCCGCGCCAGCACCGAGAUCGGCAAUAUGGGCGUCUCCGCCGGCCCGGCCGUGGCCAGCGCCCUCGAGCGCGCCUAUGGCGCCGACCAAAUCUGGGUCCAAGGCGUCGGCGGCCCCUACACUGCAGAUCUCCCCUCCAACUUCCUGCCCGGCGGCACCUCGCAAGCCGCCAUCAACGAAGCGGUGCGCCUGUUCAACGAAGCCAACACCAAAUGCCCCUCGACCCCCAUCGUGGCCGGCGGCUACAGCCAGGGAACGGCCGUCAUGGCCGGCGCAAUCCCCAAACUCGACGCCGCGCUGCGCGCCAGGGUCGUGGGCACGGUGCUGUUUGGGUACACGCAGAACCAGCAGAAUAACAAGGGGAUCAAAGAUUACCCCCAGGAGGAUCUGCAGGUGUAUUGUGAAGUGGGCGAUCUGGUUUGUGACGGUACGCUGAUCAUCACUGUGUCGCACUUUUUGUACUUGGAGGAGGCUGCGGGACCGGCGCCGGAGUUUCUGAAGAGCAAGAUUGGGGCUUGA